AUGGUGCUAUUUUUUUUUUUUUGUCUCUCAUCGGGGCGUAUGGUAGUUAAGUUGAAAUUAUCAUUAUACAGCUGUAGCACCACAUUUCUCACACUUGUACAUCCGCUGCUAAUGCUCUCCAAAGUAUAUUUACUUGCCUAUAAUGGUGUGCUGCUGGCGGGAUGGUCCACAAUUCUCAUGAAGAUAGUGCAGCACCUCAGUACCGGUGGCCGUUUCGCUGAUGUUUACUCACUCAUUGCUCCGCUGCUCGUUGUGUCUCAAAGUGCAGCGGUGCUGGAGGUUUUGCACGCCUUGUUCGGCCUUGUCCGUAGCCCGGUUGGAACGACGCUUCUGCAGGUGCUUUCUCGGCUUUUGGUGUUGUACGGUGCCCUGGAGAUUGGCCCCACUGCGGCGCGCAUGAGCCCCUUUGCGACCCAAAUGAUUGUUGCGUGGUCACUGGCAGAAGUGAUUCGCUACACGUUUUAUGCAUCAAACCUUGCGGGCGUGAAGCUAAAGCCCGUUACGUGGUUGCGAUAUUCCGCAUUUACAGUCUUGUAUCCAAUGGGUAUAACGGGCGAAAUUGCUUGCUUCAUAAGUGCUCUGCCGUACAUCAGGGAGAAAAAGCCCUGGACGGUGGAGCUUCCCAACCGCCUUAACUUUUCCUUCUCAUGGUACUACACUGUUUUGCUCCUACUUGCCGUUGUCUAUCCAGCGGGGAGCUAUGUAAUGUACACUUACAUGCUUCAGCAGCGCAGGAAGGCACUGAAAGCAACAGAUGACGCAUCACAAACUGAUGUUUCCAACAAGAAGAAGGCAAGCUGA